UUCCAUGUACAAGUUAUGCAACUUUUAUUUUGAAACUGUUAAACUGGAUGAACCGGGAGCUGAACAAUCGGUCUGAUUGGUUAUAGCGUCAAUACAACUGUCAGAAGUCCCUCCUUUUACAGAAUCUGACCCAAUAGUUACCGCUCGAACACUUACCUUAGAAUGAAAGAGGAAAUAAUGUGGUACAUGAAAAUAUUACAUUCAAAUGCGCAGUUUUGCGCACUAGUAACUGAUAUGGCAAACUCAGAUAAGGAGAUCUCGUAUUCUGACCUAAAGGCCCUCCUGGCCAAGAACAGUGAGGGUCUGGUGGUGGUUGAUGUCAGGACCAAGGAGGAGGUUGACAAAGGACACAUUCCAGGAUCCAUCCAUAUUCCAGUCGAUUCAGUGGAGAGUGCCCUAGCACUGGACCCUGUUAGCUUCCAGGCAAAAUACGGGGUGCCAAAGCCCCCCCUGGAUGCCCCUGAGCUGGUGUUUUACUGUCAGGUGGGCCGUCGAGGAGGCCUGGCCACUGACAGAGCACUACGUCUGGGAUUCCAAAAGGCUGUCAACUAUGCUGGAGGAUACAAAGAGUGGUCGGAGAAGGAGGGGAAAUGAGGGGCACGACUUGCCUUCACUGUGAAAGCAUAGAAUAAAAUCGCACAAACAAUGUACACAUUUUUAAGCAUAAAAAUACUAGGCUAGGACAAAAAUUGUUCUACUUGACUUUUUGCUAAAUGUAUUUAUUAUAGUUGUGUUCUAUGUGGAGGUUUCGCAGACCAGAUUAAGCCUAGUCAAGGACAAAAAAUCACACACUCUUGUUGUAUAAAUUUAUUGAUACAUUGUGCCAAUCAAUUAAUUUUAAGGGAUGUAUUUAUUACUUAAAUCAUUUAAAAUGUUGUCCUAUAUAUAUUUAGCACUGCAUUCUAGCUUUAUUUAGACCAACCGCAAAGUGUGACGUUUGAGUAAUUUUUUUCCACUUAACAAUUGUAAGAUUUUGUUAUUUUCAAAUGUAUUCAUUUGAGCAAAUGAAAGACAAAUCUGUAUAAUGUUUCAAAUAUAGUUGAUUUUGCAAUUAGACAAACACAGUUCCAGUGUAUAUGUGGGUUCCCAUACCACCUUCACAGUCAAAUGAUCUUUCCCUCUACGCCACUUUUCAUUAUAUUAUCCAAUCAGACAGCAUGGCCAGAUGAUCCCACCAUAGAAUAUACCAUGGUGGUAUGACUGUAAGACUGAGAUGAAGAUAAUUUCCCCAGUUCAGUGUUUUCCAGCGACAUUAAUAAUUCAUGGAUGAAUACAUACAUUUUUUAUCUGAUCUAAAAUCCAGGUCUGAAAUUACUAUAAAUAAAACAGUUUGGUUUAUUUUUAA